ACCGUAGAAGGCCAAACUGCCGAAUCAAAGCAACCGUAGUACAAAUUUCACACUCUUUCGCAUAUUGGCGAACGCCGAUGUAGGUACCUAUGGAUCUCCAGCAUGCAUGUAAGGGAAGGUAGCUCGAAGGCAACCGAACCGAAACCGCAUACCCAAGCUUAAUAGCGCAAUGCAAAAGAAUUAGCAUUUCAAUCUACCUUCGACUUUUGCCGCGGCAAGACACUAUACUAACGCGAAACCGUUUUGGUGUGAUUAUUUUCCUACUAAUCGACUUCUAGAGGGCAGUGCCAAUAGAUCGUGCCCAGUAGACACGAGAUAGAUCUUGUGAGACUGGAGAAUCAAAUAGUACCCGUUCGGAGAAAUACCUGCUACCUGACCGAGAUUGUAUCAGAAGUUGUGUGAGUGUUUGCAUCAGCAUUCGUCGGUUGCUAGUGAUAUUGAAAGUUUCGUUCUCGAAACAGUAUUUUCUUCCGACCACUAGCCGCGUGAGCUCAGCUGGUAAAGUGAGAGGAAUCGUAAUAAAAAUUGAAGAGAUGUGAUGUCUGGGUAGUUCAGUGCAAACAACUCCCCAGUAAAACAGCUCAAGGAUUUUGUGCAACAGUAGGCGAAUGGGUUGUGAAAAACGAUCGUUUGGUUGAACCUUCAGAUCAAGAAGAUAACAAAUAAUUAACAAAGAAGUUGAACCGAAAGUGUGCGGUGAAUGAAAGUAAACCACAAUGAAAAUGAGAAUAACGUCCUGCAAUCGAUUGGCAGCAGCUAUUCUCUUGUUAUCACUUGCACACCAUGUGCGCUGCCGCGAUAACGACUUGGCCGAGAGUAAAAGCGAGAAACUUCGCAAUCCAAGCAGGCUACGGGCGGGUAAAUCCAGUGCAAGGAUUGUCGAGAAAACCAUCAAUGUUCUCAAUGUUACAGAUGCCAACAAUAACACUCUAUCAGUAUUCAACAGUGUUGAUCAAAUCAAAUUAAAUAAUAUAAAACCAUCUAGAGGCCGAACAAACAGGAAAGGCAAAACAGCUUUGAUCUGCCCACAAGAGAAGCAAGCGCCAUUCCAGCUGAUCCCAACGCUAUGCAGGCGAAAUCGAGACUGUAGAAAAUCUGGCAGCAAUUUCAAGUGUUGCCAUCUUUUUGGAAGCAAACGCUGCGUGCCAAGCAUACCAAAGCCAAUUCCGGAACCACCUCAUGACCCAAUUUUUGGUAUUCCAAGACGAUGCCCGCAAACACCUCUAACGGAAACAUUUUGGGACAUAAAAACGUGUGAAACCGACAACGACUGCUGGCCACGCGUAUGCUGUCCCGACGGUAAUGAAAAGUACUGUCGAACAUCGCAGCCUAUAUUCGAGAAGUCGGAGAAUCCUGCAGCUAGACAACUGGCAUAUCCCAUUGAAACCGUUUCGCAAUACCUGCAGUGCACCCCGCCACCCCCUGUUAUAUUCGACAUUCAUCCCAAGCCCUGCAACAGCACACUGGACUGCUUUCCAAAUCUGUGUUGCCAAGAAUUCGGCAAACGACACUGCCGACCUCCGAAGCGCUCGCUUUUAGCAUUAGUCACCGGAAUAACAGCGCGCUUCAAUGUUGGUGUUAUAAAGGAUAUUACUGAUAAUUUAGUUAUUAAAAGAUAAUAUUCAUAUGAAAUAAAAAAAAUGAUUAUUUGUUAUAAUAUUUG